AUGUCCGUUAUUAAAUCCACGUCGAAAGUAGAAAGGCUUGGUCAGUGUCAACAAAACAAAACAAAUAUCGAAAUGGGAGAAAACAAAGCCAGCAAGGUUAUUUUGGUUACUGGGGGAACGGGGCUUGUGGGUAAAGGCAUCGAGCACAUCAUCAACACAGAAGAGGCACGUCCUGAUGAACGUUGGGUAUUCAUUUCAUCUAAAGAUGCAGAUUUAACGAAUGCCGAUUCAACCAAAGCCUUAUUUGACCGUGUAAAACCAACGCACGUCAUCCAUCUUGCUGCAAUGGUUGGAGGAUUGUUCCGUAAUCUCAAGUAUAAUCUAGAUUUUUGGAGGAAAAAUGUGCAGAUAAAUGAUAAUGUAUUAAACACAAGCUUUGAGACAGGGGUAGAGAAAGUUGUUUCAUGUUUGUCGACCUGUAUCUUCCCUGAUAAGACGACAUAUCCAAUAGAUGAGACAAUGGUACACAAUGGUCCACCUCAUAACUCAAACUUUGGUUAUUCCUAUGCUAAACGUAUGAUAGACGUGCAAAACAGGGCCUAUCAUCAGCAACACGGGUGCCAAUUUACUUCCGUCAUUCCAACUAACGUCUUUGGUCCUCAUGAUAACUUCAACAUUGAAGACGGACACGUCCUGCCUGGUCUUAUUCAAAAAAUAUAUAACGCCAAAAGAGACAAUACGCCUUUUGUUGUGUGGGGCACAGGAUCACCUAGGAGACAGUUUAUUUAUUCUCUCGAUCUGGCAAGACUAUUUAUAUGGGUGCUUAGAGAAUAUAAAGAAAUUGAUCCAAUCAUAUUAUCAGUGAAUGAAUCUGAUGAGGUGUCUAUAAAAGAAGCAGCAGAAUCUGUGAUUGAAGCCAUGGACUUCAAAGGAGAAGUUCUUUAUGAUAAAACAAAGGCGGAUGGACAAUUCAAAAAGACGGCUAGCAACGACAAGCUCAGGAAAUACCUCCCAGAUUUCAAAUUCACUCCUUUUAAACAAGCCAUCAAAGAGUCGUGUGAUUGGUUCAUAUCCAACUAUGACAUUGCUAGGAAGUAGAUGUUGCUCAAAUGAUGUUUCUAGGAGAAAUAUGUUGCACAAAAAAUGAAUAUAAUUUGAUUGGGCAUACUCUAAUAUGUAUGUGGACAAAAAAUGAAAGAAUACAACAGCUGACAACAAUCUUAAUAAAUAGUACCAAUCAUUGUGCUUUCUUCUCCUCUCAUCUUGAAACAUAUUCAACAUGUCGUACUUUCUCCAAAAAUUGCAAUUGAAC